AGGCUGUGGUCUAUCUUGGGAUAGUUAUAAAAAAUCUUUGCCAAUGUCCGUACAGGGGCGUCUUUAAUGACGUAAUCACUCAAGAUUGCACGCUGCUGACGUGUAUGUAGGGAAGUAGAAAGCUGGCUACCUAGCUAGCAACUUUAGCGUUAUUGUUUAUUAGAUAUGUGGAGCCAGUAACAGCUCAUAAUGGGAAUAAUAGCCAACUAAUUCAAAGAAUUGGCAUCAGAAGAGAAAUCGGAGGAGAUUACACAGAGAAGGAAUUUGCCGUAAAGUGGAUUGAUUCCUUCAAGAGCCAUGGGCAAACGGAGGAUGCCAGACCUGUAUAGGGCCCCCUUCCCCCUCUACACAAUCAAAGUGGACCCCAAAACAGGAUGGGUGAUCACUGCAGGAGGGGGAGGCUCUUCCAAGACGGGCGUAAAGAAUGCAGUGCACUUCCUGGGUUUGGAGUUGGUAGGAGACCAGCACUGUGCCACCCUGGUGCACUCUCAUGACACAGACACGCGUGCCACCAUGAACCUGGCAUUAGGCGGGGACGUGAUCGCAGCAGGGCAGGACGGCAGCUGCAGCCUCAUGCGCUUCAGACAACGCCAGCCCAGGGGCAAGGCCGCAGCCAAAGAUGCAGGGGGUGGCAGUGAGCAGGGCGCAGCUAGGAGACGAGCUGGGAAAGGGGGUAAGGGUAGUGAGGGAACUGCUGGGGUUGAUGUGUCCGAGAUGAAGGAUAACACCACCCAGAUCUUUGUUGACACGUUUGGGGAGGUGCAGUCGGACCUCAACCCCCAGGACCCCCUCCAGAAGUGUGUGAGGUUCAGUCCCGACCUCAGCCUCCUACUGACUGGCGGGACAGACGGACACAUCAGAGUGUGGGAGUACCCCUCCUUAAAAGAGAAGUUGGACUUCAAAGCCCAUGAGGGAGAAAUUGAAGACUUGGACAUCAGUCCGAAUAACAAGCACCUUGUGACGGUGGGCCGAGACUUUGCCUGCAGUAUAUGGAGUGGCAACCAGCUGGCCAUGAGCCUCUGUUGGCAUGAGAAUAUGCCUCAGAUAGCAGCAAAGUCAUACCGCUAUAUGUCUUGCAGGUUUGGAAAAGUCGAGGACCAGAAAGACGCCCUGAGGCUCUACACCGUCCAGAUCCCCCACAAACGAGACAGAAAACCUCCACAAUGCUACCUCUCUAAAUGGGACGGCAAGAACUUCCUCCCCAUGCUGACGAACCCCUGCGGCACUGAGGUCAUCUCCACCCUGGCUGUCAGUGACUCUGGAACCUUUCUCGGCCUUGGGACAGUGACGGGAUCAGUAGCAAUCUAUAUCGCCUUUUCACUACAGAAGUUGUACUAUGUGCAGGAGUCACACGGCAUUGUGGUGACUGAUCUGGCCUUCCUGCCUGACACUCCCAAAGGCCAGAGCCUCAAAGGGAACAACGAGGCAGCCAUGUUGAGUGUGGCUGUGGACAGCCGCUGUCAGAUGCACACUGUACGCAACCGAAGAUCCUUCCCUAUCUGGAUGGUGCUGUUCUUCUGUGGCCUCAUGGUGGUGGGAGCCGUCCUGCUCCUGCAGCACCUCUUCCCAGGAUUCAUUUAGACAUUGACGAGGGAUAGAGAAUGAAAGAAUCCCAGACAGCCCUACAACCACUACCAGCCCUACGAUCAUCUUCAACAACAACUACAACAACCUCUGAGGAACUCCCCUGACGCAACUCAACCCUGGAACACGCAUCCAUCUCCUACCUAUAGUCAUCUUACCACACUUACCCAACCGUGGAACAUUUUAACCACACUUGCCCAACCCUGGACUGCAUCUACUAGAGCCAUUUACCCACUCUUAACCCAACCGUCCCAACCCAACAACAUUCCCUGCAUCAAUAUCUAUACCCUUAACCAAUAUUUGUAUCCCCCAUCCUUCCCUGUCACCCCUGGCCUUGAUUCAGGACUGCCACCCCCUCAGUGAACCAUCUGUGCUCCUUCGACCCCCAAUUCCGCCAGACACACACCAUUUUCUUGAUCUGUAUCAAUCAGUCUUAAUCUUCUUUUUGCUUUUAAACCAUGGUGGGGAGUUAAGGCCUCAGCUUCAGAUCUAUAUCAUCAUGAAUGUGCAAGGGGUGGGGGCUUUUUAUCAUAGAUAUUUAAGAAAUAAUGUAACAUUAUAAAUAUAAUACUUAAAAAUGAUU